UAGCCACGGGCAGAAGAACAUGCAUCUCCAUUCUGGACUGCUGACUCUGUGGAUUGGGUGGACAUUUGCCUUUUUCCCCAACCGAGAAUCCCCAGACGUGGGUCCGAAUGACCUCACCGAUGAAGACAUCACUACCAAAGCCAUCCUGAGGGCUGUGGCCACUUUUAUGGAAAAAAACCCACUGCCAGGGAAGCCGGCCUUCAAGCCAGGAGAGCUGGUGGGCCUGCGCCCCCUGACUCCAACCAGUCUUUUCAAGGCGUACUUCCGAGCAAACGUGUCUCCUGGUCAGUUCAAUCAAGCCAUUGAGAACAUUGUGAGAGGAAACAACGAUGCAGAACAUAACUAUGCAGAAGACAGCAAAUACUAUUUUCACUGUGAGCAGAUCAGAGAAGGCAUCGCCCUGUUCCAGGAUUAUCGUGAUGGCGUUUUCACUCAGUUGAAAGAAUCGGGUGGCAAAAUGGACAUUUCCGCGUAUGAAACUGCCCAGUUCAAUACUGGCACGGCGCUGCACAUCCUGCAGAAAUUCUACAGCAACACCAACUGGGUGGAAAUGGGAAGACGGACCCCCUACAGGCACCUGGUGAAUGCGAAGGAAGCCGUCUUCCCAGUGGCACCCCCUGCGUCCAGAACUUGCCGGGACUGCAUUCCAAUGACGGGUGACAUUUUACAAUGCAGAAGGAACCUCCUGGUGGACAACCUGCUGACCAGUGGGUAUAAAAAGUCGAAUGAGUGUGCAGCCAAACCUCAAGGAAAAUGUGGGCAUGGUGGUAUAUAUGAUAAGGCUGAGCGUGAGUCCCCUACAGGUGGCAUCAACAAAGAAACCACAAACCCAAAGCUUUCUCCUCACUCCGAUUUACACAAAGUGGCUGCGCAGUUAGCGGAGGAUGCGACAGUGGAGUUCUUCAUAGGCCCAGGUUUUGGACUCCUGGACAGCCUUGGCCCUACCAUUUUUAGGAAAUUUUUCAACUUGCAGGGUUACACCUUGGCAUUUGUCAUCGACACAACGGGCAGCAUGGGUAGUGAAAUCGAGCUGGUCAAGACCAUCUGCAUCAGCAUCAUCAAGAAGUUUAUGAACUCCCCAGACGCGCCAUACAAUUACGUGCUGGUGCCGUUCAAUGAUCCCAAUUUUGGCCCUGCCAUUGUGACCCAAGACGUGGCGUAUUUACAAGCUCAGAUUGGCGCUCUCACAGCCACUGGAGGUGGCGACUGCCCAGAGAUGUCCAUGAAUGGCCUAAAGUUGGCUUUGGCAAACAGCGAGCCCAGGUCAAAUAUCUUUCUCUUCACGGACGCCGGUGCAAAGGACUUUCACUUGCUGGAUGAAGUCAACAUGCAGGCAUUUUCUGUUCAGACCCAAAUUUAUCCCAUGUUGACUGGAUACUGCAGCCCAAACGGUGGCGGAGUUGAAGACAAUGAGUACGAGAAGCUGGCCAAGAUGACGGGUCAACACUACACCCUGGUUGAAAAGAACAAGCUUGGUACAGUCCUGGGAAUCACAGAACUGGCCCUGAAUUCGGCUCCGGCUGUGCUCGUGCAGGUCACUGAGAGAACCAAGAAGCUCCUCUUCAAUGUGGACGAAACCCUGACGGAGCUCAGCAUCUCCGUGAAGAAGAAGAACAACGUGCCCUUUUACUUCACUCUGCUUACACCGUGGGAUACUCGGAGAAGGAAGAGAGCCGCCUCUCUCAAUGGAAAAGUUACUUCAUUAGUCAACACCACCAGCUUCCAGGUGGUAAAAGUGCCAGUGACAAAACCAGGCCAAUGGGCAGUUGAGAUGAGCAGCUUGGACACGUACACAAUCGAGAUCAUGGGCAAAAGCCUGUUGGAUUUUUCCUACAAAAUAAUGGAGAAGAAAAAUGGAUACGUGCUUCCCAUACAAGGGCGACCUGCAAAAGGUGCUGAGUACACCCUGUCCGUGGUGGUUGAAGGAGACAGCAAUAAAUUGACCUUAACUCAGAUCAUAAUAUUCGAUGAAACAGGACAGAGAAGUAAGGAGUAUGAUGUCAACAAAAGUACGGACGGCCUCGGAGAGCUGCGAGUUUCUGUGCCUGUGAGGUUUGAUCUACCGAGUUUCACACUGGGAAUUGCUGGCAAAACAGAAAAAGAAAACGGAUUUCUGCGGACUAAACCACAUCUUAUUCAAACCGAGUCCGUCUCUUUGAAAUUAGCUGAAGGGCAGAAGAGUUUCUUCACUGAGGGGACUUCACUGGACGUCGCGGUGAUCGUCACAAAUGAAGGACCCGAUCAGACCUUCACGUUUAAUGUCAAGGAUGAGCUCUCAUUGGUGAGGACGUUUACUCCACGCAGCGUAAAUAUCCAGAAAGGACACAACGCGACGUUGACGGCGACUCUUACGUCCCCCAAAAUCACAAACAAGCGCUCCUCAAGCCUCGUGACAUUUACAGCUAAAGGUGCCACCUCAACUAACUACCUGAAGAACGUCAUAACUGUGGUGCCAAAAGUCACCGAGAUUCCAGAUGAGGACCCCCCUCAGUACACGAUUACAAAACAAGGAGACAUCUGCAGAGGAAUAAAGAAGAGUCCAAGGAUGUGUAAGAGCUUCUUCUGGGAUAUCUCAUUCUUGGCUUGGGACACAAAAAGCGCCGUUACUGUUGAAAUCGGUCUGGCAGCUGAUGAAACCCCAAAGGUAUCUUCACUGAACUGCAAUGGCACAGUUAAGUCAGGAGUCCACUGGAGCAGCUGCAAGUACAGGUCUGACUGCUGCACUCCAUUUGUGACACUCAUUCUUAAGGAUGCUAAAGGAAAUGCAAACCUUCUUGAUGUUGGUUUUCGUGGACCUCAGGACGUCGCAGGCUGAGCUCCAAACCAGCUGCCGCAGACCCUGAGGACGACAUCUUUGACUUGUGUUGAACCUUUGUGACCUGAGGGACUGCUCUCCGCUCUGAAGCUCCAAGGUCAAGUCUGCUGUGUUUCCAUGAAUUGGGGUUAUUCUGUCUUUUUGUUUUCAAUCUGAAAUAAAGUCUAAGGCUACAAGCUUA